CACUGCAUGGUCCCCAAGAAGGUGGGUCCCUGUCGCGGAUCCUUCCCCCGCUGGCACUACAAUGCUGCCUCAGAGAGGUGUGAGGAGUUCUUGUUCGGGGGCUGCAGAGAGAACCUCAACAACUACCUCUCCCUCCAGGAGUGUACCAACGCCUGUGAUGGUGUGUCAGGUACUGUACAGAUCCCGCUUGCAUCUUAUAACAGUUUGUGGAGAAGAUUGGUUGGUUGGUUGGUUGGUUGAUUGGUGUUUCCUUUCUUGUAGUUAUUCACAGAGGUAGAACUGGACCACUUCCAGCCCCUAGAGGUAAGACUAACUUAAAUGUCAUUGAUUAUCCUCAGGUGUAGGCCUAUGGAAAAUAGCUGUACUUGUAAGCUCCAGCUUUUUGGCAAUGCCUCCCCCAGUCAUUGACAUACGGCAAAUACAUUUAUAUUUGAACUAUCUGUUGACUGAUACAUAUCCAUUGAGAAUUAUCAGUUACCUGUAUUACUUGUGCACCCUAUAUAAGGUGAAUCUACAGGUUAAAAGUAACUUUUACCUCACCUCUUCUGCUCACCUGUGUGUUGUUGUGUUUAGAGGUGUGUGAGGUCCCCAGUUCACCUGUGUGUGGUGUUGUGUUUAGAGGUGUGUGGAGUACCCUGUGGGUCAGGCCAGUUCACCUGCACCAAUGGCUGCUGCCUUGACCAAGGCCUGGAGUGUGACAAGGAGCAGCAGUGCAGCGACGGCUCAGACGAGGAGAACUGCGAGGACUGUGAGUACAGGCUAUGCAAACCAACCCUAAUUUACAUACAACACUGCACUGGCCUUACCUUACCACUGACCUUUACAUUACCAGUGUAGUCAUGAAGUGAUGCUAUUGGAUACUAUUGGGGUGCUCAAUGUUUGUUGACAUGUGAAGUUGCUUAAAGGGAAACUUCGAUAUUUUGGCAAUGAAGCCCUUUAUCUACUUUCCCAGAGUCAGAUUAACUUGUGGAUACCAUUCUCUGCAUGCAUUUUGAAGGACGCCGCUAACUAGCGUUAGCACAAUUGGUAACUAGCUUUAGUGCUAACGCUAGUUAGCAUUGGCUCACGAAACUACCUCUAACAUCCUUCAUACUGGAUGCAUAUACAUAAAAAUGGUAUCAAUGAGUUAAUCUGACUCUGGGGAUGUAGAUAAAGAGCUUCAUUGCCAAAAUCCAGAAGUAUCCCUGUAACUCUUGCUUUCUUCCUUUCAUCAGUGAACGACAACUUCCAGAUUCUACUACAAAUUCCUGUGGAUGAACAGAAAGGUUAUUUGAGUUUUACUGUUUUGAGACAUGUUCACAAUAACAGGAUCAAUCUAGGAUUUUUUUUGUUGUUGAGUUAACUUAGUCACCUAUGGUGCCUAGCCCUACUCUGGCUCUCCUUACGAACACUGAUCUCUCUCACACAUAUUCUUUCAACCACAGUUCGCUGCACGGAGCACCCCAAAACAGGAAACUGUCGGGACAGUUUUACUAAGUGGUACUACAACCCUGUCUACCAGAAGUGCUUCCGUUUCAAUUAUGGCGGCUGCUACGGGAAUGAGAACAGAUUUGACACUGAGGAUGCUUGUAUGAGGACCUGCAAACUGGUAACAGGUAGGUUUGCAUGCUUUAGCCAUUACAACACAUUCAACUGAUUUCAAAAUUGUUGCACUGUUAUAUUACCCUUUGAGAGCAUAAUAAUGCAAACUGAAGUGAAUGUUACAGAGCUACAGUAUGUUCCUAUUUCAGCGCCACUACAUUGUGUGUAUCAACAAUACUGUAGCUGUGUGUAACAACUAACUUGUCUCUUAUCCUUACCACGUUUUCAGAAAAGGACGUCUUUGAAAGAACGGACAGAUAUGAAUACCAGGACACUGAAGGACAUAUAGGUAAUUGGCUCUUCUUUAUUCUGUAAGAUGGAGCCUUUUGUCCCUCAGAACUCCAUGGAAAAUACAUUGUGACAAUACUCCUUUUUAAAACCAAAUAUUCCCCCACAUCAAGUUUAAGGGCCCUGGGGGUCAAAGCUGGUCACAAAGAUCUUGUGAUGAUGAAGCUGUGUGUUUCCCUGCACAUUCUACUCACUUCAUUCAAACACUGUGAAUGUUGCACAUGAUUGAUUCUGUCUGGCGUCCAGUUUUUGCACAUGCAGGCUCCUUUCAUAUAGUUAUUGACUUACUGGUGUGUGUGUGUCUUCAUGCCCAUCCUCCCUCAGGCAUCAAAGUGAUAGCCGCACUGCUUGGCCUGGCCAUCAUAAUACUGCUGGUAGUUCUGUGUUACUGCUUCAUGAAGGGCAAGAAGGAGCAGACUCGGAGCCAGCGGGUUCCCGUCAACGGCUCCCAGGUAUACACCAGGGAGGACACUGAGCGCCUGGUCUACAACACCACCACCAAGCCCAUCUGA